ACAGGCCGACGCCAGAGGCGAGUUAAUAUGCACGGGGGAAAUGCUAAUAGGCUUGGCAGGGGAUAGUGUGUGAUGGGCAAAUUCCGUCUAAACACGGGGGCAUGGUGUUUGCCAAUACCAGCUGUUCGAGCUAUUGAUAUCUGAUUGUUAUCCUCGGUGUUAGCAGUAGACAGCGCUCCUCUGACCUCAAACAUUCUCAACCGCUUCGACGCGUUAAACAGUCUUCUGUGUACGAUGAGGAAUUACUCAUAUGGCCUAGACUGGAAAGUGAACGGGAAUUUUUCCAACGAAACCCAUGUGAACUCUUCUUUCACGCAGCGCUCUGAAUUCCCGCGCUUUUUAUCGCUGCUGCUCGGCUAUUAUGGAGUCGUGGUUUUGAUCGUGUCUUUGGCGGGAAACAUGCUGGCUCUCGCGGCGUGCAGUAAGACUUAUCAUCGAAACCCGUCCGUUCUCCUCGGCUGUCUUGCUAGUCUAACUGUGGCUGAUUUACUCUUCGUCCUCUUAGCCGCGUUUGAUGCUGGUAUCCACUUUGCUGCGCACGGUGACAUGGCUUGCAAGGUCGAAGGCGUCCUGACAGAAACUUGCUAUACAGCACUCAUUCUUGUGCUUGUGCUUAUAAGUUAUGAGCGUAUGCAAGUGGUUUCAAGCCCUAUUCUUGCAAGGGUGAGAAGAUUCCGAUUCCGAAAGUGGCUUCCUCUUCUGCUCUGGCUAAUUUCGCUUAUUAUCUGCUCUCCGUUAAUCUUUUUCUUUCACACGUCUCAGAUAGGAUGGUGUGAAAAUACAGCACUCGGGGACAUUGCGCGGCAAAUCUAUUAUGGUAUUCAGUCCUUAUUCCUGUACACGUUUUCCUUGUUGUUCAUGAUCUGGGCGCAUUGCAGGAUUUUCCGAGCUUUGGCCAAACACUCCUCAUUUCGUAAAGGAACUUCCACGCCACUUAUGAUCCAAAGCGAGCGCAAACUUACACGAAUGCUCGUAGCAGUCACAGCAACAUUCUGCCUGUGUUACUCGCCCUAUAUUACAGUGAGAACUUUGAAAUACUUCAAACUGACUGGGACCAGCGUACUUUGGAGAACAUUGUGGCGUAUUUGCGAGCUUUUCGUGUUCACACAGGCAGCAAUAAAUCCCUUUAUUUUUUGUUUCUUCAGUCGACAAUAUCGAAAAGCUUGCAAAGAGAUUCUACGCUGCGAGUGUCGCACAAAGAAGAAAGGAUCUCCAAAGACUCGCGGUGUCUCGGCGACAUCACUUGAGCUAAAGGUCGGCGAUUUGCGACAAGAACCAACGACAACAUCGCGCGUCUCAAAAAACGCAACACGAGAUAUCGAAUUUUAGAAGAAAAAACCUAGCAAUGACUGCCUGGGAUUUAUUAUCAAAAGUAUUCUUGAUUCUAGAUAACCUUGAAGUUUUAAUUACUAGAUCUUCUCAUUGAAUAGAAGAGUCCGUAAGUUACCUACAGAAACCUUGUUAUUGCUGUUCUUUAGGAAAAAAGAUCAGACUGUUAAGUCGUCAUGUUAGUCGAUCCCGGGUAAAGUAGGGAAUUGAUUUUUUUUUAACUUACCCUUUGGGGUGUUGGGGGCGGGCAUAAACGAGACCGCCGCAUGUGUUAGCUGGUCGCGCGUUGUUUUACAAUACACUAUUAUUUUUACUUAGGUAUGUCGCGCAAACAAACCAUUCCAUUUUACACCAAUAAAAGUAAAACGCAAAAAGUACUGGGAUCAGCUUUUUUAAAGGUCUGUUGACCAUUACUUUUAUUUCUUUCAACCGAUGCUAGAAAUAGCCUUAUUGUUAAUGACGGCGAAGACAGAGGCUGCGAUAUCGAAUUAUUGUGGAGGUAAACAUUUAACGAAAUCCAUUAGCGGUGAUAUAAAUUUCAAUGUUUUUUUCUAGAGCAAGCAAUUAAUUCAAAGAAAAAAAAUCAAUUGGGCAAGUUUUCUGUAUAUCCUCUAUAUAUAACCUUUUGUUCCGGUAAACUUAGAGUUGUUGUGAAUUUUGUUGAAUAACAAGAAAUUAUAUCUUGUAUAAAGAUUUUUCCGCUACAGAAAUUUUCUUAUAUUGAGCCCCGGCUUAUAAUCCUUUGCGGAAGGGAGGCUGUAUCGGGAAAUUAAUAAAGUUCUGUGUAAUAUUAAUUAAACUUAUGUGAAUAAAAUAACAUUGGGCUGCAA